GCGGAGCGCAGGUCGACGUGGGAGCAACAUUCAAGUUUGACACCAAAUUCUGCCCAGGAUGUGGACAGCGGAUUGCGUCUGCUCUUGAAGACUUUCGCAACUUGAUCCAGUUUGGAAAGAUGCGGGCCGGAUAUUAACUGGUUCAUUUGGCCAAAACCUCAGAAGAAUCAUUGCUGCUGUGUACUCAGUAUGGACAUCCCAGCCAACAAACACCAGCUUAAAUCGAAAAGAACCUGGGAUUUAGCCUGAACAAAAUAGGAGCAACUUCCUUUCUAUUACCAUCCGCUAUACCGUUCGCGGUUGCUUCCUCGUGUAGGAACGAUUCUGUUUUUUUUUAUGGUAAACAUAUUGUUCCAGUUGAUGGGAACUGUUCCUUGUAGUAUUCUGUGGACUUUAAUUCCCAUGUCAGAACACGGUAGCGGUGCUGAGGGAGUAGUAGGGCGCAGACUGAGUGUGAAUGUGAGUGUGUGUGAGAGAGUGAAGGGGCUGCACCGCUGCUUAUUUUGACGCCCAUGUGAUCCCGAAGCAGCCCGAUCGAUUGGAGAAGAGAGAAGCGCGGAGGGGAAGGAAGCUCAGACAUCGCAGGGGGUCGCCUGUUCGGAGUCCGCUCCUUUCCUCAGGACGCCUGUCAGAGCGGGGACAGCAGCUCACCAUCCCUCCCAGCAGAGAGACUGGGAGCCAGCCUGAAGCCGGCGAGCGGCAAGUUGGCCGGAGCUGUCCGCGAUCCGUCCCGCAGCAAGCUGCGGGGACCAGUGACCGCUGGAACCCCCGUCCCCAAGCCCCAGCUCCCGGCUGCAGCUCUCAAUGCAGCACUCUGCUGGAGCAGAGGCAUCGUGAUGGAGAAAGAUGCCUUGCUUCUUGUUCAGCUCUUGGCUCUCGCUGUUUGGGGGAAUAGUUUGCUGACAUCUAGUCUGUCAGCAAAGAACAAUACAAACCUGCAUAAUCAGUCAGAACCAAACCAGACAGAGAGGGAAGCAAAACAAAUCUGUAAUGAGACUCUUAUGCUGGAAAUAGUGCACUGGUGUGGGUAUGAUUUUGCAAGCCAACUAAACACAAUGAAUUCCAGUGACUGGUGCAACUUCACACUCAUUGCUGGAAUUCCAUUGGAAAACAUUUAUGCAACAAUUUUCCACAAGAGUUGAAGACCUGUGAACCACAACUGCCUGGGGUUGAAAAUUACAGACAACCCUCUGUGAGAUAACCCUCUGUGCAUCUCAGUCUUCGCAGCUCAACUCAUCAACCGCCAGUUCUGACGUGCCACAGCAAGGAACUGUAAUGACCUCCUCAGGAGACAGA